AUGAAGCUGAGCUGUGUCCUCAUGGCAUGGGCUCUUUCUGUUUGUCCUGCUGUGCUCCUGGCAACCCAGAUGUUAUUGGCAACAGCUGGAUGUCAUGCUGCUGCCAGUUCGGAGACUCUGAAGUGUGAAGGACCUGUCAGCACUGAGCAGAGCGGCUGCCACACUGAUGAGGAGGAGGAUGUGAUCCACGCCAGUGAAGAGGACUUCCAGGUCAAGGGCUACAAGUUCAGUAAACCCUUCCAUCUCAUCGUUUCCUAUGAUUGGCUGAUCCUCCAAGGACCAGAUACGUCCAUAUUUGAAGGAGACCCAUUGGUUCUGCACUGUCGUGCUUGGCAAGACUGGCCACUGACUCAGGUCAUCUUCUACCAAGAGGGCUCAGCCCUGGCUCCUCCUGGACCUAAAAGAGAAUUUUCUAUUGAUGUGGUGCAAAAGUCAGACAGUGGACACUACCACUGUAGUGGUGUCUUCAGGAGCCCUGGUCCUGGAAGCAGAGAGACUGCAUCUCCCGUGGCUAUCACAGUCCAAGAACUGUUCCCAGCCCCAGUUCUUAAAGCCUUACCUUCUAGUGAGCCCCAAGAGGGAGACUCAGUGACCCUGAGCUGUCAGACAAAGCUGUCCCUGCAGAGGUCAGCUUCCCGCCUCCUCUUCUCCUUCUACAAGGAUGGAAGGUCACUGAGUAUCAGAGGCAUCUCUGCAGAACUCCAGAUCCCCAAGGCUUCUGAAGAGCACUCUGGCUCCUAUUGGUGUGAGGCAGCUACUGAGGACAGGCAAGUUUGGAAGCAGAGCCCUCAGCUGGAGAUCCGGGUGCAGGGUCCCUUAAAUUCUGUCGAUUCCUCCAUUUUGAAUCCAGCUCUUCAGAAACCAACUGCUUCAGAAACUCCUCCUAUGGAGCCCCCUGGUCCUCUUCGUCCACCACCUGCUCCUUCUGCUGAGCACCUGCGAGUCUCCUCCUCAGACCCUCACUUACUUCACCAGAUACAGAUGCUUCUCAAACAAAUGCAGGAUGUUAAAGUUCUCCUUGGUCAUCUGGUCGUGGAGCUGAGGGAAUUGACUGUCUACUUGAAGCCUGGUAUCACAAAGGUUGCUGACAAAUGAAAGCAAGCUAUUCAUCUGUGAUAUGCCCAACCACCACAAUAAUUACAGCUGUUUCUGUACUGUAUGUAUACAGAAACAGUUUUGCAAGCUGUCUUGGUACUUGGUUAGAAUAAUGGGGCUGGUUGGGAGUAA